CAAAAGAGGAUGUUGAGGUUUGUUUUUCCUUCGGACCCAAGGGUGCUGGGGAGCCCUGCAGCCCCGGCCUGUCUCACACGAAGCGCCUCUGAGAAGGCAGCGGGUUUGGGGCUGCCCGGACCUCCCCCGGUGGACCCCGGAGCAUGGAACACAUCCACGACAGUGAUGGGAGUUCCAGCAGCAGCCAUCAGAACCCCAAGAGCACAGCCAAGUGGGCGGCCUCUCUGGAGAAUCUGCUCGAAGACCCGGAAGGCGUGAAGAGAUUUCGGGAAUUUUUAAAAAAGGAAUUCAGUGAAGAAAAUGUUUUAUUUUGGUUAGCAUGUGAAGAUUUUAAGAAAACACAAGAUAAGAAGCAGAUGCAGGAAAAGGCCAAGGAGAUCUACAUGACCUUCCUGUCCAGCAAGGCCUCGUCACAAGUCAACGUCGAGGGGCAGUCCCGGCUCAACGAGAAGAUCCUGGAAGAGCCGCACCCCCUGAUGUUCCAGAAGCUCCAGGACCAGUGGGCGGUGCUCUGUGCUCUGGAGGCAGCUGAUGGGGCAGCAUGGACUUUGGGGCACAGCCGGGACCUAGAAGGAUGGGAAAGUCCUCCCCGAGCAUCGGGUGAGACGAGCCCCUAUCCAUGCAUCUUCUCCUGUUGGGGGUCCCCACUCGGGUCCUGUUUGUUCUUGGUUUACACACAGUUCUAUCAGCUCUGGGGUUUCAGUCCGCAAUAGAUUGGAAACGCUGGUAGAGGCUGUGGGGAGACGGGCGGCAAAAUCGGUAACAGCUGCGGGGGAGGGGGGGGCAGAAAAAUGGAUACUAAACACAAACCACAGCACAGCGGUCUGGAGCCACCGAGCUCGGGGACCCCCACCCACACGCCGCACGGGGGGCAUCCCUGGGCCGCGGGGCGAUGACGGGGUCAGUGAUCUUAAUGACCCCAAAGCAUCAGGCAAACUUAAACUGUGGCCAGUGCAUUCUGUGAAGAACAUUUUGUAAUAAGCACUUCAUCAAAAUGAUGUACUUUUAAAAAUUAUUCUGUAUUUAAUUAGGUUUAUUGGGGUGACAUUGGUUAGUAAAAUUAUAUAGGUUUCAAGUGCACGAUUCCCUAAUAGAUCACCUUUAUAUUGCAUUGUGUGUUCAGCACCCCAAGUCAGGUCUCCUCCCGUCACCAUAGAGUUGGCCCCUCAAACCCUUUACUGUCUCCCCCCCACCCUUUCCUCUGGUAACCCCCAUACUGCUGUCUGUGUCUAUGAGUUUUUGUCAAGAUGCUAACUUAAGAGAAGUUUAUAAUUCGGUUUUUUGGAAAACUCGUGUGAGCGGAGUGAGUGUUUCAGAGAAGUCGGCUCUGCAAACGUUUAAAAAUGAAGCCCUUUGAAAGCUGUGCAGUGGCCUGUAUUGUGCCCCACGAGAGAUUCAAACCAAAUCCUGCUCCUACAAGCUUCCCAGCACCCGCUCACGCACCUCUCUUGCUCUGAAGCCUCUGGUUUGAAUGGAACCGGAAGGAGAUUGGAGAGGAUGGAAGGUCAAGGUCGUUGCAAACGGCCACUCGAGGUCAUCGCUUUGUCGGGCCGCGAAAGAGAAGGACAGGCUGGAGGGG